AUGGAGCCAGUCGACAUACAUAGGUACUAUGCCAAAAGAGCUGCAAAGUUCCUAAAAUCGAAGGAGAUCAAAAAACAGGUUGAAGAGAUUAAAAAGAUGGAGGCAAGAGUGGCUAUUUUUGACUUUUGCGGAAAGACACCGCUAGUAUAUAAGCUGUUUAGAGGAGUUGAAAAAGAGAUUUUUGUUGUGUAUGACGUUUCUAAGUGCAUGGCAAAGAUAGAUGAGGUGUCCAGAGAUCAUGAUUUGAUCUAUGUUCUUGAGGAUGUGGAGGCAGUGGAGAGAAGUAUUUUCUAUGAAAAUAGCGAUGCCAUAUUCCUUCUGUUUGAUAGAUUUAAGUUCAUUAAAUGUGUGUGA